UAUAUUUAACUUUUACCUGGUAAGUACCUAUGUCGAGGAAAUUGAACAUUUUUAUGAUGGAUCUCAUAAAACAAAAACAUAACAUUUUAAUUCAAAGUUACAAUGAAUUUACUUUUGCACCUUUUUCACGUAUAUAUUUUCUCAGUGAUUUACAGUAGUUUCAACGGUUACGGCUACAUAUUAUUCGCUGCAAAUAUAGAUGACUUUAAAAUCAUUGCAAAAAAAUAUAUGCCCGAUAUUUUUGCCGAGAAACUUGUCCAGAUAGCCGCCGACACCUCUGUGUUUAACGAAAACGAUGGUAGCAAAUCGAAAAACAACACGCUCAGUGCGAACAACACGCCGAUGAAACCAAAAAACAUAGGAAGAUCUGGACCACAAAUACAAUUUCAGAAAGGUGCCGUCGUACAAGAAAAAGAUAUUACGUAUGCGACAAAUCCGACAGGAAACAAUAAUCACGAGACGAAGAAGAUACCAUUAUCUGGAAUAGAUAUAGACGAAUUAGUUGAAAAGAUAAAAGAACGAUUGGAUAAACAAUAUCUAGAGAAAUAUAAGAAUUACCUUGUUAGCACUACAAGCAAUUUGCCUCCAGCCCAAUAUAGUAAAAUAGUACGUUAUGCUCAAGCAACAGAAGAGCCGAAUCAAAAAGAUGGAUUGAGAAAACCUGUUCCACAGGCUAAGCAAGCUGAAUAUGAUUAUUUUAAUAAAGGGGUAGUAAAUGAACGUCGUCCAGUCAUACAGCCACUUAUAAAAAAACCACAACAAGGUGAGGUUGUACAAGACGUUGAACCAAAAGAUUUUGAAACCAAAGACUUGACGAAUACGAAAGAUAGUUACGAAGACUAUAAGGUGCCCCCGAAAUAUGAAGAGGUUAUCUAUCCGACUACAAGCAAAACCAUUAAAAUUUCAACGUCCAAAUCACCUUACAAAAUAAAAGUGGUUAAAAAACCUAAAAAUUAUGAUUAUGAAGAUUUAAGGUAUGACGAUGAAGAAAAAGAUGAUCAAAAUGAAUACGACAAAUUUAAAUCCAGCGAAAUAAAAGCGCAAACUGAAAAUUUGAACGAUGAUUACCCAGAUGCAACAGAGGUUGCUAAUUCUUAUAAAGAAACGGGUAAUAAUAAUUUUUAUAGAGAAGCUGACGGUGCGAAUCCUAACAAAGCAUCACAGGGCAAUCCUAAUGUAUAUAAAGCAACAGACAGUGGUCCUAAUUCUCAGAAAGUGUCGCCUGGUGGUCCUCAAAAAGGUUAUAGAAAUAGAGAAGUUAGCAGAAACAUUAAAGGAACAGGUAUACCAACUAGAGAGCGAUUUAGUAUGAGUAGUCCAAACUAUUAUGCCAGUAUACCAAUUGUAGCGGAGAAGUAUGACUUCAAUGAACCCCUCCCAGAAAAAGACAGGGAACCAGAAGACAUGAGAUACCUCAAAAAUCCACCCGCAAAAAUUAAUCAAAAGGUUGAGAUAUAAAACAAAGGUAUAGUUUGUAUCUUUAGAAAUAAAGGUGUACUUAAUUUGCUAAAUAAACAACUGAAAAAUCUA